AUGCUCGGGCCGGGGCUCCGCGGGGUGCAGCUGCUGACUUUGCCGAAGUUGCCCUGCUGGUGCCUGCUGCUCGAGUGGCUGUGCUGGGCGGGGGCGCGGGGCCAGGAGAUGUACGCGCCGCACUCCAUCCGCCUGGAGGGGGACAUCACCCUGGGCGGCCUCUUCCCGGUCCACGCCCGGGGGCCCAGCGGCGUGCCUUGCGGGGACAUCCAGCAGCAGGACGGCGUCCACCGGCUGGAGGCCAUGCUCUACGCCCUGGACCAGAUCAACAGCGACCCCGAGCUGCUGCCCAACGUCACCCUGGGCGCCCGCAUCUUGGACACCUGCUCCCGGGACACCUACGCGCUGGAGCAGUCGCUCACCUUCGUCCAGGCGCUCAUCCAGAAGGACACCUCCGACGUGCGCUGCACCAACGGCGAGCCGCCCGUCUUCGUCAAGCCCGAGAAGGUGCUGGGAGUCAUCGGCGCCUCGGCCAGCUCCGUCUCCAUUAUGGUCGCCAACAUCCUCAGGCUCUUCCAGGUAGGACGCGUGCUCGGGCGGCAGCUCCAGCAGCAGGUGGCUGGCGAGAGCCGGGCGCGGGGCUGGAGACCAGUGGCUUUGCCUGAGGCGCGAUUGCACCGCCGAAGAGAAAAAGAGAAAUCGAGCGUGCGCGGGAGCGCUCUCGGCUCGCAUUUCACUGACAGGAUGGUUGGGAUGGUCUAG